AUGGGAAAAAGCGGUGGCUUCCUCACACCCAAAGCAAUUGCCAAUCGCAUCAAGGCCAAGGGUCUUCUCAAGCUCAAAUUCUAUUGUCAAGUCUGCGAAAAGCAAUGUCGAGAUGAGAACGGCUUCAAAUGCCACACGAUGUCUGAAUCCCACCAACGACAAAUGUUGCUUGUUGCCGAGAAUCCUGGUCGAUUUGUACACAACUACUCUGACAUGUUCAAAAAGGACUUUCUCAGCCUAUUAUCAAGAGCACAUGGAACGAAGCGAGUGUUUGCCAAUCAAGUGUAUCAAGAGUAUAUUGCCGAUCGUAAUCACAUCCACAUGAACGCUACUCGUUGGAACAGUCUUAGUGAAUUUGUCAAGUAUCUUGGUCGAGAAGGCAUUUGUCAUGUGGAGGAGGCUGAGAAUGGCUGGUACAUUACUUGGAUUGAUAAUAGCCCCAAAGCAUUGGCAAGACAGGCUGCUAUUCAAAAGAUGGAUCGACAACAACGAGAUGCUGAGGAACGGGAUCAACAAUUAUUACAGCAACAAGUGGAGAGAGCUGCCAAAGAGGCUGAGGAACGUGGUGUUCAAGAGAAGAAGCCUACUGAACUUCAACGCACCGAGGAAAAUGGGGGCAAGAUCAAGCUCAACAUGUCCUUCAAGCCUGCGACAUUGAAACAGGAUAGCACAGCUGGCACUGCACCUAAGCUUGGUGGAAACAAAAUGCGCAUGAUGAUGAAGGGCAGUGUCAAGAAACCAGAGACACCAAAACACAUGGCGGCAGCGCAUCGUUAA